AUGACCCCAGAUGCAUGCAGGCGAUGCUUCCGGCAGUUCUGUUACCACGAGGCUGAUGGGCCUCGAGAGUUUUGCAGCCAGCUCCACGAACUUUGCACGCAUUGGCUGAAGCCGGAGAAGAACACCAAGAAGGAGAUCCUGGACCUGGUGAUCCUGGAGAAGUUCCUGGCUGCCUGUCACCAGGAAAUGCAAUGCUGGGUCAGAGGAUGCGAGCCAGAGACCACUUCCCAGGCGGUGGCGCUGGCUGAAGGUUUCCUCCUGAGUCAGGCACAAGAGAAGAGGCAGGCGGAGCAAAUGUGGGGACGAUCCAUGAAGAUGGAAGCGAAGUUCUCUGAGGCAGAAGGAUCUCCGUCAGAGGAAAGUCAGAGGGUGCAUGCCCAGGAGCAUGCCCAAGAUGCCCCGUCAAGUGCAGCAGAUGUAGAGGAGACAGUUGGGGAAUUCCAGGGGUUCUCUUUGGAAAAAGUCAAGAAUGAAGAUGCCGAAGGACACUGUGGAGACGGACCACAGAGGCAGGAGGGAAGCCAAGCAGGUGUUGAUCAGAGGAAUGAGGAUGAGGAGGAACUGCACCCACAAUUGCCACGUGAAGUCAAGAAUGAAGACUUGAGAAGAAACUUCAGAAAUCAAAUGGGGGGACAAUCCCUGAAGAUGGAAGCAAAGUCCUCUGAGGCAGAAGGAUCUCCGUCGGAGGAAAGUCAGAGGGCACAGGCCCAGGAGCAUGCCCAAGAUGCCCUGUCAAGUGGUGAUGCUCAGAGGAAUGAGGAGGAUGAAGAACUGCACCCUCAAUUGCCAGGUGAAGUCAGGAAUGAAAACUUGAGAGGAAACUUCAGCAAUCAACAUCAAAGAAUCCACACAGGUGAGAAGCCUUUUGACUGUUCAGAGUGUGGGAAGAGAUUCAUUAAAAUCAGAGAUGUUCAAAAACAUCUAAGAACCCACAGAGGGGAGAAACUUUUUGAAUGCCCAAAUGGGCUUUGGCACGAAAUAGCUAUUCAACACUUUAAAGAGUUCAUCGUAUGUCUCGUCUGCCAACGUCGCUGGAGCAAUGAGGCCUUUGACCGGACGGAUGGUGGCCACCCCACAUGA